AUGCAACCUGAGGUAAGAUCUGCACUUGAUCCUAUUGUUGGAGAAGAUGAAACUGAGGUUGGUGAAGUUGUGGUAGGAGAUGAAGUGAAUCACCAAGUGGCAUCAGACUUUGAAAUUUCAGAAAGUCAAUCUGUUGGAACUGAAAAUCAGAAUGCAGUUGAUGAGGAAAUCUUGCCAAGAAGAGACCUAUCUCAACCUCUACCAGACUUUGGAGACUCUUCUGCAACAGUAUCCUCUUCCUCAGAGCCAAAUAUAACAAGAAAACUCUCCCUUAAGCUCCGUUCACCAUCUGUACUUUUCUAUUCACACUUCCUGGAGCGAGCAUUUCAGAUCCUCAAUCAAAUUCCUGAAAGGGCAACUGGUGCAUAUAGUCAUACUCAGGGUAUCAAAGGCUUACGUGAUACAAUUGCUUCUGCUAUAGAAGCUCGCAAUGGAUAUCCAGCUAAUCCAAAUGAUAUUUUCUUGAUAGAUGGUGCAAGCCCAGCUGUUCAUAUUUUUAUGCAAUUACUUAUAAGGUCAGAGAAGGAUGGAUGGGGAUUGGAGAUAUCUGAGCUUAAGAAUCAGUUGGAAACUGCAAAGUCCAAGAGUAUUACUGUCAGGGCUGUGGUUGCAAUAAAUCCUGGCAAUCCCACAGGACAGGUUCUGGCUGAGAGCAACCAACGAGAAAUUGUGGAUUUUUGCAAAAAUGAAGGGCUUGUUCUUUUAGCAGAUGAGGUGUACCACGAAAAUGUUUGUGUGCCUGACGAGAAGUUCCAUUCAUUUAAGAAAGUCUCACAGAGCACGAAGUAUGGAGAGGAAGACAUACCCUUAGUUUCUCUCCAGUCUAUAUCUAAAGGGUAUUAUGGAGAGUGCGGAAGGAGAGGGGGUUACAUGGAAGUUACUGGUUUUAGUUCUGAGAUAAGGGAAAAUGUGUUGGAAAUGUUGCUGACAUGCUUGUUAUCAAUUAAAAAAAAAAAAAUUAGAGAGCAUAGAGGGAUACGUUUCCUUGCUGGAGUUUGUUUAGCAUUUCCAGUUUUCUUUUAG